GCGGGCAGCCCCGCGCCGGCUGGUGCCGUCUGCGAGCGGGGCGGGAGCGGAGGAGGGCGCGGGAGGGGGGCACGAGCAUCCUCCGGGCCGAGGCUCCGUUUGGCUUUCCGGCGAGCGGGAGGCAGCUGUACCGGCGAAGUACCUGCGGAUCGGCUUUCCUCCUCCUCGCUGGCUUCUUUCAGUUUGGUGGUGGUGGAGCUUUUUUUUUUUUUUUAAUUUUUUGUUUUUCCACAUUCUUAACCCUCCCUCAAAUCCAGGGAGACGCUUCUGAAGCGGGGUGAGCGCUGAUCUUACGUAAAUGGUGCUGCUCCGGGGAGAGCAUCUCCCCUGCCAGCCGCGGGCCAGGGGAGCAUCCUCGGGCGCCGCUCGCCCUGCCUAGCCACCGGGCUCCUCGCUGCCGCCCUGCCCGAGAUCCGCCCCGGCAGCGGCACCGGCGGGGGCGGGCGGUGAGCAGCAGCCGGCAGCCCGCAGCCCCGUUCCCGGCGGGUUUCGGCGCCUCCGCGGACCGGCUGCGGGGAUGAUGCGGCGCGUUGGACCCCGCGGCGGGGAGGGCGCUAUGUCAGAGAGAUAACGCGCCUCCGCCCGCAGCCCGGGGGCAGUCUCGGUGCCAGCCCCCGCCGGGACCCGGCUGCCGGGGAGCCGCUCGCAGCUCGGCGGACGGACUGGCCGCGGCGGCGGGGCCGGGGAGCGGCGGGGCGAGGCCCGGCNGGCGGGCGGCCGUGCCGGGGCAGCCCGCCUCCGGGGGGCAAGCGGCCGGGAGGCUGAGGAGCGCAGGCAGCAGAGCCGGGGAGGAGGAGGAGGGCAGCGCCAUGACUCAUUUGCAGGCAGGUCUCUCCCCGGAGACUCUGGAGAAAGCCCGGCUGGAGCUGAACGAGAACCCCGACACCUUGCACCAGGACAUCCAGGAGGUGCGGGACAUGGUCAUCACCCGGCCGGACAUCGGCUUCCUCCGCACCGACGAUGCCUUCAUCCUGCGGUUUCUGCGGGCCAGGAAGUUUCAGCACUUCGAGGCGUUUCGCCUCCUGGCCCAAUACUUUGAAUAUCGACAGCAGAACCUGGACAUGUUUAAGAGCUUCAAGGCCACAGACCCGGGCAUCAAGCAAGCGCUGAAGGAUGGUUUCCCCGGCGGGCUGGCCAACCUGGACCACUACGGCAGGAAGAUCCUCGUCCUUUUUGCUGCCAACUGGGACCAGAGCAGGUACACACUGGUGGAUAUUCUGCGUGCCAUACUUCUUUCUUUAGAAGCCAUGAUAGAAGACCCCGAGCUGCAAGUGAAUGGAUUUGUUUUGAUUAUAGACUGGAGCAACUUCACCUUUAAGCAGGCCUCCAAGCUCACACCAAGCAUGCUCAGAUUAGCCAUAGAAGGCCUUCAGGACAGCUUUCCAGCUCGGUUUGGAGGAAUACAUUUCGUCAAUCAACCAUGGUAUAUCCAUGCCCUCUACACAGUUAUCCGGCCCUUUCUAAAGGAGAAGACACGAAAAAGGAUAUUCCUGCAUGGUAACAACCUCAACAGCCUGCAUCAGCUCAUACACCCUGAGAUCCUGCCUUCAGAGUUUGGAGGAAUGUUGCCACCCUAUGACAUGGGCACAUGGGCAAGAACACUGCUUGACCACGAAUACGAUGAUGACAGUGAGUGCAACGCGGACUCCUACAACACUCCUGCAAAGGAUAUAGAAAAGGACCUCUCUCCCAAAUCCAUGAAAAGGUCUCAAUCAGUUGUGGAUCCUGGGGUGCUGAAACGCAUGGAUAAGAAUGAGGAAGAAAACAUGCAGCCCUUGCUUUCACUUGACUAGCAGUUUUUGAGCAUUGGACAUGAACUGAGGUGGAAGGCACUGCCUCUCAGCAACAAGAAAAUCAUUGGGAAGGAGUGUAACAGCUGGAAUCCUAUUUACUCAUGUUAAUGUAGCAUAUUGGCAGCAGGUGUUACUAUUCUGCCUGAAUUCUGGAAGCCCUUUGGUGAAAAAGAAGUGGAGACAAAAAAAAUUAAAUAAAAAAGCAAAGGAAUCAAUAAUUUAUUCUGUAAGUGCCAACUUGUUUGUAAAUACAAUAUAAUCCUCCAAUUUUACUUUGUAAGUUAUGGUAAACAAGUGCUAUGGAAAUGAGUGACUAUUAAAUAUGUCAGCGAAGUGCACCAUAAAAAAGAGAAGAAAACGUGUGUGUUCUCACAUGCACACACAUACACAGAGAGAAACAUACUGAACAAAGAAAAAUAUCAAAGGCAGUAAAGUGUUGCCCUUCCCAUGGGAAGCCAACUAGUACAUUGACUGCUGGAUUUCUUCUGCAGUGAUCAUAUAGUGUGCUAAGAUAAAGAGGGAAUAUGGAGAGGGAAUAUGGCAUUGAGAGAUGCUGUAAUCGGUUCAAUGUUUCCUAACUGUGGGAAUUGGUUUCUUAAAUAACACUGGGGUCUAGGAUUGUUAUUUAGGAUAAACAAUGUGCAUUGUGAGAAAGAUCACAGGUGAACUGGAGCCAACUCUUGGAUAGCUUUGUAAUUUGACUGUAUGGGUCUCUGAGGUUUCUUCCCUAACUUUUCAUUUACACAAGUAACCUGGCUUGGUACCAUAAUCUGGGUGUUGUAAUGUGGGACACAUUGGAGUUACUUCUCUUGCAUUUUGGGUGCACAUCAAGAAUUUUUCCAGAACUCUGUUCUCCCUUGGACUGAGACAUUAGUCCUCUAACUACAGUGGAAUAACCAGUAUCUGAAAGUAAAGCCUGGCAGCAGAGAUUAGUCACUGAAUCCUGUGCACUGGGAGACUGGAUACAUAUAUAUAUAUAUAUAUAUUUUUACCAAUCUCUGACAAGCAUACAAGAUGACAUUGUUAGAUAAGUAUAUUUCAUUGAAGGUUUGUACAAGAAAUCAUACCUAUUCAAUGUACUUAGAUAUAUUAUAGAUUGUAUAUUGAUACACUGUCAUUACUAAUAUAGUAAAACUUUCCAUAGAUCAACAGCAUCACACUCCAAGCAAAGACUAAUAUGAAUAAAUUUUAGUCAAACAUCUCAGCCUAUAGUUUGGGACACCUUUGUUUUGGUUGUAGUGUAACUGUAUAUACUGAACAUGUGCCAUAAUAGAGAAAUACAUUUUACCUCAAAAGGGCAACAGGUUUCACUAGGGAUUGGGUCAAUCAGCUGAAAGAUAGGGGCUGUGUCAUCUCUGUGUGCUGGCUGAUGUGCAUGCAGCCUGUGGUGUGCUGAGGUGAGAAUGUAAUUUCUUAUUAGGACUUAAAUUGACAGUCAGAGUGUCAAGACACACAGGGUGCCCAGCAAGACAUCUGAAUAAUUAAAGAUGUUGUAAGAGCAUGUUCAGGCAGUGCAGGCAUUAGUUAUGAAAACACUGACCACACUGGAGGUGAUAGUUCACAGCAACUCUGGCUCCCGAGUGCUAGGGUUUAAAACAUUUCUUCCAUCACUCCAGUGAUAGGUGAAGUUUCCAAGUUAUUGGUUGUAGGUGACCUCUUCUCAUCCAGGAUGAUUACAGCUGUAAGAUUUGGUAGGCUGAGAUGGGUUAAGAGCAGAGAGUGAAAACUUGAAAGUCUGUCGUCUCGAGUUUAGCUGUAACUCCUGUGGUAGCAGCUUCAGCGUUUCUCAGGGCUGAGACGACCCUGACCCUUCCAGCAUCACCCUUGAUUAGCCCAGGCAACUCACAGGUAAAGCUUUCCUUCUUCGCAGGUCAUUAGCAGCACUGAUAAAUAGUGUAUGCCCUAAUAUGCCAUCAGCUUGCAGGAACUUGUCUGAACAACUCAUUGCCUUUCUGCUUUCCUAAUUCUGUUUUCAUGGUACGUGUUAGGAAAUACAGAGGAAAGAUAUAGAGCCUGAACUUCUUAUCAGUCAGUUCUACAAGUUGUCAGUAGUAAAAACUGUCCUAAUACUGCUUCUGUGGUUUGAGAGACUUGAAAAAAUGAUCAGUUCUUACAUACCCUUUUAUUCAGUUCUAUUUUUCACAUUCCUUGUAAAAUCAUGCUGUGUAGGUGAGAUGUGUCUCCAGUAUUCGCAUAAGUGCCAUUUUUGAAUGUGUGUUAUAUAUUUCCGCACUUUUGAUUAGUAGAAUAGUGUAUUGCCACAGUUAUGAUUUAAAAAUUCUUAUCAGAUAAAGCUAAAACAUCAGCAGAAAUUUUCUCCUUAUAAGGGCUUCAGGAUUUAGUCAGUACUCCACAUUUAUACAAGCUGUGACACAGUGGUGAUCAAAAUCUUCAUGGAUCCUUUUAAAUACAUGGGCCAGACUGGUGUAAGACAGCAGAAUGCUGAUUUCAGAGUACACCACCUGUCUAAUCACAAAAUGCAAAUCUGUUCCACUGUAUGAAGCUUAAAAUUUGUUUUGAAGCUUAUAAAUUUUUGUUUGAAUAUCCUUUAUUUGUGCACUUAACUGUAAUUUAUGUAAUAUUUUCUGAUGUCUGAUUUCAAUUUUAAGGUAAUGAGUAUGAUUAUAUUUUUUUCCAGAAAGUGAAAGUAGGAUAUAUUAUAAUUUUGUGUAACUGGGACCUCAUCUUUCAGCAAGAACAAAAUUGCUUUUUCAAUAAGAUCCUCUCUCUUGAAGAGUUGGGCUAUAGGUCAUCUUGGCUGCAGCUUUUAUUUCACUAAAUCAAAUUCUGACAGUGGUAAUUGCAGCUGUGACAUUGAAAAAGAAUAUGGAAAUGGGUAAAAGAAAUAAAUAUAUUUUACCUGUUCUCACUAUUCUUUGAAGGCAUUUCUCUUUUACAUAUCAGGGUACAUAAAGGGUUCCUCCUUUAUUGUAGAAAAUCUUUAUAGGUAGUUCAAUUUUUAUUAGAUGAAUUUGGACUGAAAACUUUUUCCAAUCUUUAUUAUCAUAGGAAUUACUGUCUAAUUUUUAUAGCAGAAUUGAAGUGCUAAAACAGAAUGCACAUGCUUGGGAGGAACUCCUCUUAAUUUCUUACCUUUCUUGUGUAUUGGGUAGAAUAAAACCUUGUUGUAAUUAUGCAUGCUGAUAUGCAUAUAAAAAUAUCCUGCAAUAUAAGGAACUUAGUGGAGAAACUCGAUAUACCUGUCCAACUACAUUAAAAAAAAGUGUAAAAAUUGAUAGUUUUGGGCCUUUGAUAAGAUCUAAAAAUAUCCUCUUACAUGAUGACUUUUCCAAGACACAAAUGUUUAAAAAUAUAUUGAAAAAUUAUGGAAACUUCCAUGACCAAAACCUGCUUGUAAUCAGAGACGUCAGUAGACUCUUGGCUUUACAGAGACAGGUAAUCAGACCCACUAAGCUCCAAAAAAUACACAGACUCCCUCCCAAUAGUUAUUAGUUGUAAAAUAGUUUGAGAUGUCUUUACAGAAAUGUAAAUUUACUGUAUAGCAUAUUUAAGAAGAUGUUUUGCACUCUACAAACAUGCUAUGCCUAGUCACAAACUGAAAACAGUCUUAAAGGAAAGAGGAGUAAAAGGGACCUCAAGAGGUCACUGAUAAGUGGAGAAGCAGAUUCACUUUAAUGUCGCUCUCAAAUGUUUUAGCUCAGUACCUUGCAUGGAAUGCUCUUUGUAUUACUUAAUCACAGUCACAGCCAAGGCUAAGCACAUUACCUGACAAAAUUGUAACCUGACAGUAUUUUGUUCAUGCCUUUUAUUAUUUUUCUGUUCUGUUCGGGAAAUUAAAGUUUGUCAAGCAUCAUAAGAACUACCAUUUAGCAUUACUUGGAAAACACUUUGCAAUAAGCUUUGGUCAUAUCCUUGUUAUUAUAUUGUUUCUGUUAUGAUUAUUGAUGUAUGUAUUUGUCCAGUUUUUUUUGAUAAAUUUGUUUGAAAGAGCAUGCAAGAGAGAAAAAACCAAAAUCAAUCAGGCUAAAGGAUUUUAUAUAUAAUAUUAAAAUGGGAUUGUAGGGAGAGUUUGGAUUUUAUAAUCUUAAAUUGCGUCUGGGGAAUGUGCUGCUAAGCUAUUAGCAGUGUUGGGUUCCAAGACAAAUUUGGAAGAUAAAUAUCAAUGUGAAAGACAUCAGCAAAGGUCACAAAGCAUUGCACUGAAGAAAAGACUUAAUCACAUUGCUGGUUCAGGUGCCUCUAAAGAAAGGUAUUUUGCAAGUAGCCUGUGAGUGUGUACUUCUGGUGGUGAGAAUAGUUCUUUUGUCCACAAACUUCAAAAUACUCUGUGAAAUUGAGAAAAUAAUAGUCAUCCCAUUUCUCAGGUAGUAAAACAGGAGCACAGCAAGUUAGAGACAUAUCUCAAUGGAAGACAUUUUUCCGUGUGGAAAAGAUGACACUGAUCACUCAGUCUGAUUUUAACAGGAGAGAAAAUAUUGCGUCCCUGUUUUGUGAAGAAGGUGUUAUUGUUGAUUCACUCAUGCCUAGCUUCUUUAGAACACUUUACCAAGAGACCUUUGCAAACCAGGGGUGAUCUGCUUUCCUGUGGAGUUAAAUCUGAGUGUACAUGUAACCAUUUCUGCUGUGGAAAUGGCAAAAAGGGUGUAUGUCCCCCAAAUGAAAUGCCUUUCUUUCCUGUCUGAUUGUUGGGGAAAAAGGUAGUUUAAUCCGAAGACUCCCCCAAAAUGAAAUUUGCCACAUAAAGAAUUCUGUAAGGGACAAAAAAAUAUACUUAUCUUCCAUCAACUAUACAAGGAACAUCAACAUUUUGUUUAGAGGCAUGCUCAAGUGAACCCAAAUGAAAGUGCAAGCAAGGUAGAUAGAAUCCCACGUCCUGCAUUGCCUUGUAACUUUGAAUGAUCCUGUGUCAACAUCUGUAUUUAGCAGAUCACCUUGGAUGUUCCUUUCAGUCUGCAUUUCAGCUUUCAGUUGUGUAGGAAUUUUUUUCCUAUUGGCUUUUGAGAUCUUAAUUUGUUUCCUUCAUAAGCGUCUGUUGGCACAAAGCAGCAUUGACCCCUGUUGGAUUGCAUAAUUUGAGAAGUGGUUUUGUUAAAAAAAACCAAAAAACAACUUGUGCAGUGAUGGGCAGUGGUGAAGUUGAAACAUGGCUGAGAAGUUCCCACUCUUUUGUCACUCCUCCUCCAGUGUCUUGUGUGUGUAAACUGCUUUGAUUGAUAGAAGACAUGUUAAGACUUGCAGGAAGAAUUUAAAACUAGAGAAAAAAGAAGUUUCUGCAAUGAAUAGAAAAUAUGAAUUGAUCAACUAUUGCUGUGGAAUCCAAAGCUGGGGGGGAAGCAUUGCACAUGGGGGAAGUAGAGAGACCUCCAAAGGAAGAUGCUGAUAAUUCCUUAUGGUACAUGUUUUGUUAAAAUGAGGCCAAAGUAUUUUGUCUGCAGAGACUGUGGUCAGCCAGAUGUGUUCUCUCUGAAGCAGUGGCUCACAGGAAGUCCUCUCAAAUAAAAGUAUGACAAAGCUUCCUUUUGCAAAGAAUUCACUUCCAGAGAACUGACAUAUCUGUCAAUUUGCAGUAGACAAAUGGCAAGAGUUAAUUACGAUUUUUAUUUGAUAUGGAAAUGUGGCUGUGAUUCCUUAAAGAGGCUGUCGCAUCAUCAGCAACAAACAGCAGUGCCUAAAGGCAGGCAUCUCAAUUCAGGUCCCUUGGUUAAUAAAAAUUUAAGAGUAGAAAAAAAAUCAAGGGGAGAGAUAAUAGAAGAUGAUAAAACACAAUAAUUAAAAAAUCAAAACAGAGAGAAGCAAGCUUGCAGUGGAAAGCUGUAUGAAUGGCAAAAAUGAUGUGAUAGAAUUUGCAUUAAUGCUUCCAAGAAAUUAAUCAGUAGCCUAUUAUGAGUCCCCCACCUCUGCAUAAUGAGCAGAGUUUCCAUUUUUCAUGUGGUCUACCAUGUAUGGCCAUGAUGGAGUUUCCCAAAUCUUUAGGAAAAAAGUUACAAUGUAAAUUGGUAGGUGCUGUAGCUGAGUUUGUGAACAUAAUUUAAGGGGUCAGAACAAGACAGCAGAGCCUCACCUGUAGAUGGGUCCCAGGAAUAUGAGAAGUGAUGUGUCCUGCCUGGGUGAAGUCAUCAUGGAAGGAGAUAAUGAAAGGAGCCCUAUGGCUGUAAGGAAAGGUGGCAGGCCUAGGGAGAAAGCAGCAUUAGGUAUUUGGAGUGAACUGGUUAACCAUUUCAAUUAUGAGGGAGGUUUUCACCUGCUCAGUAAUAUUAGACAGGUCUUACAAACCCCAUGACGCAUCUGUCAUCAGGAAGGAGAGAUAACAUGUUUCUCACUUUCCCACACAAACUCAGUUUUGAUAUAUUUAAACCUGAUGCAUAUGCUAAACCUGAAGUGCCUCUGGUGCUGCUGUUUCCACAGUAGCUUGCAGGAUGUGGGUAUCAUGUGGCAUGCAGGAGCUGGAAGGGUAGAGCCCCCUAACUUGUCCUUAGGAAGAGAAGCGAGGAAUGUAGUCUGCAAAAACCCUGCUGCAGAGAAAAUUUUUGGGAGAAUUCAACACUUGUUCAAGUUACAGCCUGCCUUGCCCUGACAUCAGUAUCAGCACCUACUCUGUGGAAAGCUGUGAGUGGAAGUGGUGUGGGAAUCUCCCCUGCCAACCUCGGUGUCUUGUGCUAAUUAUGCAGCCUUCGAGCUGUAGCUGGUGAUCUGUGUCCUGUGUCUUUAAGCAGUGCUGCUGGUAGUGUUAAUUGUAGCCAUUAGUCACUCAGAGCAGAGAUGAUUUAAAGGAAACUGACAACUUUAAGCAUUACACUUAAUGCCUAAGAAUAUUAAAUUGGUGAUUGUUACAAGUAAUGCCUAAGAUUAUGAUAACUUAAAGACUUCCAGGGUUUGGCUGCAUUGUAUCCUUGAUGGGACUUAGUGUAUAAUCACUUUCCUUUAAGUAUGGUUGUUCCUGAGGUUCACAUGCAUCUUUGAUGCAGCAAUGGUAAAAGGAGUUAAACAGUAGAAAAUAUCAUUCUAAAGCUAUGAAUAUAUUCAGAGGGGCACAUUUAGAUUACCUGACAAUAUUAAGAAAAAUUGUUUUGCAGUUUACUAGUGUUCAACUUGUGAAUAACGGCUCUUUUAAAUAAUUUGCUUCUCUAUCUCUUUCACCCUAUGGAUUGCUGUGUGAAAUGUGUUCUGCAAAACAUUUCCAGCUUUUCAUCCCUUCUCCUAUCCUCUUGUGUUCAACAGCAUCCUGUCUUCUGUGUGUACUUUAUUCUGUGAAUAACUGAAGAAAACUGUAAAAACCCAAACACACUGAUAAUCUGCAGAGUAGAUCUUGAGGACCAGUAUUUUAAAUAUUUCCCUUCUAUAAAUCUCUGGUUGACAGGGUGAGAUGAAAAAUGAGACCAAGGCCAACUGCAUCAUAAAAGAAUAUAAAACGAAAGAGUCUGGCUAGAAGUGUAGAUGAAACAACUCUUGUGAUUUAAGAUGUUACCUUCCCUGACUGUUUGUUGUCACUCUUCACAUAAGAACUACUGCCCCAACCUUUAAUCAACAACAUAUUAUGGAAGUACUCAUGUCCCAGUGAAGGCUGUGCACAAAUCAUGUUAACUCUGUUGAUUCUGCACUCAUGCAAAUACAAAAACACUCACAUAAUCUAUUAAUACAUCUCUGUUACGAGAAUAAUGAUUAACAGCUAGUUAUGGUGACAUCUAAAAUUGCAGAUUGGCAAUCUGUGCCUUAAGGCUCCUGUGAUCUGUAGUACUUGCAUAGCAGUAACUACUGAGUAAUGUUCUUUUUGCAUGCAGCAAUCUACUUUGGAGCCUUAUGGAAAAUAUAGCACCAUAUCAAAAUUCAAAAUUAAAUUGCAGGAGUAAUUUGCAAACAAUGCUUGUAUCCUCAGGAUAAAAUUUGUUUCUCAGUUUAGUAUUGUUAGGACUCAGGGGAUCUGAGAUUUGUAAAGCAAGGACAAGUUUAUUAAUCAUGUUCUUUCUCUGUAAACUUUCAAUAACUAUUAUCUUUUCACAACUUGUCAGUUUGAAUUUUAUUCUUGAACCUAGUGAAAUGGUUAAUUUUGUUCUGUUGUGUUCUAACCUAAAGUCUGAAGAUAAAGCAACUUUGUGAAACUUCACUCUUUAUAUUGUAUAUUUAAAUCUCAUCAGUUCUCUGUGAUCAAUGGGCUGCUUUGGAGAGUGCUACUACUUUGAGUCAUCAUUGGUUAUUGAGGAAGAAUGACAUUCUGUUAAAUAAAAUAUGACCAAAUGAAAAUUAAAAUACAUAUAUAUUUUCGUGUUUGUA